CUGUAGGCCUUCAGAUUAUCAGCGCACUGUGUGAUGAUGCGCAGCUGCAUCUGACUGCUCCAAUUUCCUCUACUUAAGUAGACUCUUCUUCUGAAAUAGCGCGUAAAAUCCCGGCAGUUUUUUUUGGUGGUGUGUGUGUUAAGAGAUUCGCCAGCAAUCAAAAUGGCGACGAUUGCGGCAGAGGGAGAGAACGCCGGGACCCCGUCCUGGGCUCCGAGAUUGCGCGCGAGUUCGCCGUGGUCACCAGACGAGUCCUUGCAUUAUGGCUCCGAAUUAUUUAAUGAGACUGAGGGCACGAAAGUAAACGCAAUUGUUGUGGAUAUGAUGGGCACGCCAUCGAAUGGCGCUCGAUUUGGAGGCCGCGGAGGUAGUAUUUGGUAUGAAAACUCUCAGCUCUAGGUCUGGGCUGACAUUAUUUCUAAUCCGAGGACGAGGGAGCGCGCCUACUUUCGCAGCGUAAAAAGGAGGCUCCCGCUGUGCUCCAGUGGUCGAGGUUCUGGCGUUCGGAUCGCUGGCGCUUUGCUGCUCGGAUUGUUCUUUACGUCUGCGUCUGUGUCUUGGUGUUUGUCCUCUUUCAUCUCUUAUUCGGCACCCCGUGGACCAACACGACCCCGCAACGCUUCGGGCACUCGCUCGACACAAGCAGACACGGGGGCGCGCCUGCGCAGGCUGGCAAAGACCCCGCAGACGUAUGGCUAAGGUUGUUUGGGUGAGUCUGUGCUGUAUUCGGUGAGGAACAUGAUCGGUCAUGACUCUGAAGGCCACAGCUCACCUCGCUGGGGCCGCGUAUCUUACGCGCGGUAUGAUUUUCGCGGGGUGAUGUUUCGCUUCGCACCCCCACCCCUCGACAGCUGCGCGUCGCCUUUGCUUCGCUCGCUCGUCUGCUUCUCUUCGCCCACUCACCACGCUCCCGCCCUCCUUCGAUACAUCUCGUCGCGAUGCGACGAGGCGUCAUUGCGUCGGCAGCACUCGCUGUCGUCGCAUGGCGUCGGGGCGCCAGUGCGUUGGCAGUACUCGCUUUCGGCGCCUUUCGUCGUAUUGCGACGGGGCGUCACUGCGUCGGCGCCACUCGCUUUCGAUGCGUCUCGUCACACCGCGCUGGGGCGUCACUGCCUCGGCACCACUCGCCCCCGACGCCGCUCGUCGCACCGCGACGGAGCGCCACUGCGUCGCAUCGCGGCGGGGCGUCACUGCGUCGGCAGCACUCGCGCUCGGCGCCUCUCGUCGCAUCGCGACGGGGCGUCACUGCGUCGGCCGCACUCGCUUUCGACGCCCCUCGUCGCAUCGUGGCGGGGCGUCACUGCGUCGGCCACACUCGCUUUCGAUGCCUGUCGUCGCAUCGCGACGGGGCGCCACUGCGCCGGCAGCACUCGCUUUCCAUGCCUCUCGUCGCACCGUGACGGGGCGCCAUCUCAUCGGCAGCACUCGCUUUCGAUGCCUCUCGUCGCACCGCGACGGAGCGUCACUGCCUCGGCGCCACGCCCUUUCGACGCCUCUCGUCGCCUCGCGACGAGGCGUCACUGCGUCAGCGCCACUCCCUUUCGACGCCUCUCGUCGCAUCGCGACGAGGCGCCACUGCGUCGGCAGCACUCUCUUUCGACGCCUCUCGUCGCAUCGCAACGGGGCGCCACUGCAUCGGCAGCACUCGCUUUCGAUGCUUCUCGUCGCAUCGCGACGGGACGCCACUGCGUCGGCAGCACUCGCUUUCGAUGCUUCUCGUCGCAUCGCGGCUGGGCAUCACCACGUCAGCGACAGGUUGCCAACUUGUCUCCCUCGGAUUCAUGCAUGCUUCGCCAUUCAUGUUCCUCCAAUCCGUUCCACACUUCGCCUUGCACACUAGCUAGACUGCGGCUUAUAGUGCAUACUUUCAGGAACAUUUUUCACUUGGGUGCACGUGCUUUCAUGGAACGCAAUCUGUCUAGCUCGUGCGCUAGUCUGAAGUGCUGGCCACCGCAGUUCGUUGCGAUAAGACUCAGCCAGCGCGCUUUGUCAUAGCACCGCCCGCGCAUCUUCUCACUCGACAGCAAUGGACAAGCGUGGGCCAAUGGCACUGCAUUUUUCCAAGGGGUGAAGACGGAUUAUAUGGGCAUAAAUAUUAGAAUCGAUGCUGUGCUACACGCGAUCUCGCCGUGUCUCACGGACGACAUCCGAACGCAGACGCUGAUGGACAUGCAGAGAGAUCUCGUUGUAUGAAUCAGAAGGCAACUACUCCCGUGGAAGUACGCAAAAGCUACAAAAAGUAAAGGUGUCUCGUUCAUUUAUACCAUAGCUGGUAGAAAUGUGCCCUGCACAGCUUUGGCUUUUAAGUUGGUGAAAGCAGCUGCGUGACCCACCAAAUACUAGAGGGUGGCCACGCUGUGGCGUUUCUAAUCCCUAAGGGAGGAGCAGAAGAUGUGACUGUGAGUGGCAAAACUACUCCAUUGGAAUGGACCGGAGAAAGUCAACGAGGAUCGCGCAUCACAACCGUCAAGGCGGUCCUGGUGUACUUGACUGUGCUUCAGUGUCGGUUCGGUUAUGCCAAGUGGCUCACGACUGCAGGGCAGGAGGUGGGACUCGCAGACGCUAUUCGGGAAGAACGCGAACCCAUGAAGAAAAUGUUUGAGUUUGUAGUAAGGAUAGCUCUGGGCGGUGGUCUCAAUGAAGAUUACGAAACGAGGAGACGAAGUUUCUAAUCUGGUCACUUGUAACUCUGUCGCGGACGUAGUCGGGGGCGCAUGUUAUUCGCUCUGGGAUCUUCGGGGAGGGGGUUUUCGCGUUGUCUUUCGGUUUCCGCAGUGUGGCGCCGGCGCCCCGUUUAUCCGGGGCAAGAAACUCGGACACGGCUGCCGCAAGGGUUGGGCUUGACCGCGGUCGGCGCAGGUUUAGAGACGUCUCGAAAGCGCUGGUCGUGUGUUGGGAUCCUCGCUCCCCUCUUGCGGGGGGCGAGAAUCGGGGCGCGGGUCCUCCUCCGCGCUGCAUGUUGGGCAUGAACACGGCAGCCGCCGUCGGCCGCUCCGGCGAAUUGCUUAAGGCCUGGGUCGGGUCUUACUCUUGUCGUCCUCCACUAGCCGCGCUUAUAGCGUUGGGCCCAGCUCGCUUUCCGCCGUCGUUGGCGCGGCGUGUGGUCUUCGUGAUGGCCCACGGCGGCUCAGGCGAUAUGUAUGCUCCAGACUCGCUCGGGGGACCCAAGUUCAAGACUUGGCGGCGGUGCUGGGCCCUCGACUCCUCGGGCGAGGUUCCCAGACUGUCGCCCCGACUCUGGAACCCUCGCCCCCCUCUUGCGGGGGGCGAGAAUCCCAGCACGCCGGAAGGCCUGCGCCGUUUUUUGCGCACAAUCCGCAAGAAAAUGCACCUAGAACAGCUGUCGACACCCCGGCGCGUGCUGGGAUUCUCGCUCCCCUCUUGCGGGGGACGAGAGUCCCAGAUCCCCGGCGACGGCUUGGGGGCUCUCGCCUGAGAGGUCGAAGUCGUGGCGCCAGCCAUAGUCCCGCGCGCGCCUAAAGUUCAGCGGCUCCCCUUGUCUGAAAUCCCCGCCACCGGCGAACUGGGAGCGAGAACGAACCAGCGACAGCACGGAGGCCAUAGCUUGAAAAACGCCACCGGCGAGGCACUCACUGGUACGUAGCGGGCAAAACCGGCGUGAUUGGAUUGCCGCGAGAGCCCCGUCCUUGGGGCAUGUCGUCAGCCCAUGACACUCCUGGGGUUAGGCCGCCUUGAGGCUUGGGGUGCGCCGGGUAACGCCUCGCGGCGGCUGCACCCAUUCCGCCGGCACUGCUCGGGGCGGCUUGCGUCUUGAGUAGAAGUCUGUCUGCGUUUUUCCGUUGUGUGGUCGGUACGGGCCGCCCUGACUGACGGCGAGGCCCUGGCCCCCCCUCUCGCCACCGCCGCGUCUCUUGCUUGUGCGUAUUCGCUUUGGCGCGUGUCAGUUUUGGCCGCUCUGUCUGUGUAGGGUGUCGUCGGUUCGUCUGGUUUUGGUCGUGUCGUGUUGGUGGUGUCUGUUCGUUGCAAGUGAUCAGCAGGCUUCGACGGGUAUCUCUGUUAGUUUGUAUCAAAAGGUCUCACACUUAUGAACCCAAGCAAUACACCAAGCGAACAGCUGCCCUCAAUCUUAUUGGCGCUGCCGUUCUUCCUAAAUUUCGGCCCCUUCGCUCGUAGCUCCAGAACUCGAUCCAUAUUUUCGCCCCUAGAUUCUAAGCCCUUGCUCCUAGAUUCUGAAUCCCUUUCGUAUUCCAUCGGAAGGCCCCCCACUCUUUUCGCGGUCGUUUCAGCCUUUUC